CAUCGCCCCCAUUGUGAAAUUACUCGAGCGGGGUCUUUUUGCCACAUUUUUCCGCCAAUAGUGGCAAAAAGACCCCCCUGGAUCGGUCCCUUUUGGAUUUCACAGCUCAAUGUGCUGCAACGGGCAUGGCCAUGGCGCUGCUGCGGUGUGCCUUCGUUCCUGUGGCCAGCUACCCGAGCAUUCGAAGCCUGCGGCAGGGUGGUCGUUGCCUGGCGGCGGGUGAGAAGGGGGUGGUUCGACCCGUCUGCCGUUGCCGGCAUUGUGGCCGCUUGAUGCCCACCCGCAAUGCGCUCUUUCGACACUUGCAGGUGGAGGACCAUUGCCGAGAGCUCAUGUGCCAGGAGGACCCCGCCGGCGCUGCGGCAGUGCUCCGGAGUGCUCCCUGGUGCACUGUCGCCCUGCUGGUGAGCUAUGCGGCUGGAGGCCAUGCCGCGGCACGCCGCUUGGCCCUGCGCUGCCUGAAGGCGACGGGCGACGAGGCCGCGCUGCAGAUGUCCCAAGCUGGAGAUGCGCUGCUGAGGCGGCAGCUUCUCGCAGAUUGCGGACAAGAGCAGGUGCUCAGUUCCUCAGGGGGUGCGCUGGCAGAUGUUUUGUCCGCCCGAGUGCCGGUGCACAUCCCGCUGCCGCGCGCGGGAGCGGUGUCAGCUGACGUGCAGAUCUUGGGCGCGAGCCUUGCGCCCAGCAACUUUGAGGCGGAGGCGGAUUGCACUCGCAGGGACUACUGCUAUUUGCUCCCGCUCUGGGCGCUGUGUCCGGAGGUCUCUGGUCAGCGCUCGGAGCAUCGACGGGGGGCGCUGCGGAGGCUCAAGGCGCUGCUGCGCCGCGCCGGGGCAAAGCUGCGGGAGGGCUCCUGGAGCUGGCAAAGCUUCGCAGACGGGGACUUGACUGAGCUCCAGCGGCGAGGCAAGGGUGUCAGCAGCCACAUCAGCAGCCUGAAGGCCAGCGAGGUGAGCCUCAGCUGGGGCCCGUGCGUUCUGAUAGACAUCUCCGGCGACUACUUCCUGGGAGGCCAGUGCCAGCGUCUGGUGUCGCUGUUGCUGGCCAUUUUCCACGGCUGGCUGCCGGAGGAAACCCUGGAAACAGCGCUGCGGGAGGAGCUGGAGCUGGUGAAGGCCCCAGAGGAGUUUCUGUUCCUGCGCCGGUGCGGCUUUGCAGAGCUCAGCCGCCGAAAUGAGCAGCUCCUGGAGGACGUCAAGGUGAUCGAGGCGGACGUCCUGGAGCGGGUCUGUGCUGCUCCCGAGCUGGCCAGGCGCUGGCUGCCGCAGCUCAAGUGCUGGGCACAGACAUUCAGAACGGUUGGGACAGGCGCGCACCUGCCCGCGGCCACCUGCCGCCUUCCGGCCGCGCCUGCUGCCGCGCCGGAGGAGUACGGCGAGGUCUUGGCGCUGCUGCGGCGCCUGGCGAGGGGCGGGUGGCCGAAGCCCAGCCGCGCGCGGGCGCGGCUGCUGAAGGGCGAAGGCGGAAGCUUUUCUUUGGGCUUUGUCGGCUCGGGGCAGGCGCUGCCGGGGAACGGGGCCUUCCCUGAGUUCCUGGGCCCCGUCUUCGCGCUGGAGCGGCGCCUCAGGCCCACCCGCAGCUCCGCCGUGGCAGCGGUGAAUUGCAAUGCCGCCUUUGCUCCGCACCGUGACGGCGGCUUGGGGCACCAGUCCACCAGCCUCAUCGUGGGCUUGGGGGACUACACGGGCGGUGAGCUGUGUGUGGAUGGCGUCGUGGCGGACAUCCGGUACCAGCCUUUGGACUUCCACGGUGGCCGGCAGAAGCAUUGGACUCUGCCCUUCCAGGGUGAGCGCUUCAGCAUCGUGUGGUUUACCCCUGGCUCGGACUGAACGACGUGUGAAAUUCGCGCAAUACGAUCCCGUGGCUCCGUACAUGGCUUGAACGUGGGCAACGACGUCCACCACGCGCUCGGGGUGCCAUUCGCAGGGACGCGCUCACAGCACUAGGCUGCUGUACCUGGUGACGGACUGGACAUCAAGCUGAAGCUCAACUGAAAUCUGCGGAAUUUGCUGACAGGCUGAAAUGCGAAGAAUGAGAGUCGCAUGGCGCAGGGCAGGCGAGCACCAGC